UGUGUUUCCCCACGUUAUACUCACUUUCAUGAUAGGCUACCGUUUUGAUAAACCCCUUUCCUUGCAGCUUCGUGUCUUCUGUCCCAGCUGCAACAUCUCGGCUUCGAAAGUGCCCUGAUUCGGAUGUCUUGAACUCCUCCCGGCCCAAUCACAGUCCUUGCACCAAUGGAGUAUGAGAUAAGUGCCAUUUUCCACUAUAUUGAUGAAAGCCACAAACAAACCUGUAGUGACCUUGAGAAGGCCAGCCAAUUCAUCACAGAAUCAUUGAAGAGUGAGAUCCAGAGGAACACAACUCUGUGCAGGUUAAUCCACCGUCUGGAAGAGAGGGCAGCUGAGAAUGGAAGGAGCCAAUCAGAGCAGGUGGAGUCAAACCGGCAGCUGAAGCUCCAGGUGGAUGAACUACAGAAACAACUGGAGGAGAAAGACGACUCCUUAACACAAGCCAAACAGAGUAUUGCAAUCCUGACGAAUGAACUGACAAACCUGCAACAGCAGCUGCAGAGCCACCAGAGUAGUUGCAGGACGACUCAGGAAGUGGCUGAUGGACUGCAGGAAGGAGAGAGCCAGGCCAGUGUGGUGAAAGAGGAGGACGGUCCACUGCAGAAUGUAGACAUCUGCAUUAAAGAGGAAGAAGAUGACGCAGCUGUUGCUGAUUUAUACCAGUGUACUCAAUCUGAUGAAACUGACUCUGCCCCAGAACAGAUCACCUCCUCAUCUGCAGACAUUAAAGCUGAACCAGUACAGGAAGAAGAUGAGAAAUCAGACGUGGCUCCUGUAGUCAGUUCAGACGUGGCUCCAGUCGUCAUCUCAGACCUGGCUCCAGUCGUCAGCUCAGAUAUGGCUCCAGUCGUCAGUUUUGUCAUCGCAAAACCUUUCGCUACAAAGAGGUGUUUGAAGAGGCACCAGAGCAUCCACACCAGAGACGACCCCAAUCAGUGCGGACAGGGUGGGAAAGGUUUUAAUACAGCAGCACAUCUUGAACAACAACAGCUUACACAUACAGCAGAGAAAGCCCAUCAAUGCCAACAGUGUAAGAGGUGUUUUCGGUGCCCAAAACGCCUUAAACGACACCAACUUACACACCAGACACCCAAUCAAUGUGGACAGUGUGGUAAAUGUUUUGCCCGAGCGGGGACCCUCAAACUACACCAGCUCAUUCACACCGGACAGAAAGCCCAUCAAUGUGGAGAGUGUGGUAAAUGUUUUACACGGGCAGAUAAUCUCAAAGUACACCAGCUCAUUCACACCGGACAGAAAACCCAUCAAUGUGGACAGUGUGGUAAAUGUUUUACACGGGCAGGUACUCUCAAACUACACCAGCUCGUUCACACCGGACAGAAACCCCAUCAAUGUGGACAGUGUGGGAAAUGUUUUUCACGGGCAGAUGCUCUCAAAGUACACCAGCUCAUUCACACUGGACAGAAACCCCAUCAAUGUGGACAGUGUGAGAGGAGUUUUCAGCGCCCAGAAGCACUUAGACGACACAAGCUUACUCACACAUGAGAGGAACCCUACCACUGCGUAUACAUGAGUGAAACCCUACCACUGCACAUACAGUACAUGAGAGAAACCCCAUCAGUGCAAACGGCAUACGAAGAGUUCUGCUCCCAGACUCACUCCAACAACACCAUCUUAAGCACACAAGAGAGGAAGCCCAUCGAUGUGAACAAUAGCAAUAGUUGCCUUCGUUCUUGUUCUUGACUUCUGGGUUCUAAUUUUGUAGCAAUGUUCACAUUGAUACAGCCAUGAUUGUCUUUUUUUCUAGUGGUGGGCUGUUAUCGGCGUUAACGUGCUGCGAUAAUGUGAGACUCUUAUCGGGCGAUAAAGAAAAUAUCGCACGUUAAUCUAUUCUCAAAAUUGGGUUUGGAGUUUGGGUAUAGCUGCACGUCACCAUAGCAUUUUUGAUAGGCGCUUUCAGCGCUCCAGUCGCUUCUCCUCUCCACCUGCUGCUUCAGCAGACCUACUAAAUAUGAACAGUGUUUGCAUGCUGUAAAUAUUAAUCUCUCUACCGUGGUAGGCGUUGUUUGAGUGUUUUUAUUUUCAUAAUUGAUAGUGUAUAGUAUAGAGAGUUAUUGUUUGAGGUGAAGCGAGAGACAUUAUUGUGUGUGACCAGCCCGACCGCUAUUGCCUCGCGCAUUGCAUGGAACACAAACAACAGUCCUGUUCCAGAAAUCUUGCCUGUGCCAUAAUUGCAAAACAUUCCGUGUGAUAUGCAUUUUGAAGAUUGUCAAACUGAAACUGUCAAUAUCUACUCUCGCUAAAUGUUUGUGUUACAAUCGCGCAUUUGCGACUCAGUGAGAUAUUCUCAUGUCAGACGGUAAUAAACGUGUAGCACGGUC